AUGGGCCGCUGCGUCAGCAUCGUUGUUGAAGGUGAUGUCCUCCGUGUGGCUGGGGAUCCAGCAAACUCUGGUGUUGUAGAGGUUCGUCAGGCCGUCCCUGAUGUCAUUCAGUCGGGGGUUCAGCGUGCCGUUGCGUGGGCCACGGCGUAUCUAAGGGCUUCUUGCUCCGCCUGGAAGAUGCUAGAGUGA